UGGUACUGAAUGUUGAUGUUUGCACUGAAAAUUCGAGUCAAUUAGGAUAUUCUCGUCGCCCUGCUGCUAAAAAAUUUGCAAUUCCAUCGAAUUACGAGCCAAAUUUGAAAUUUAUAAAUCCUACUUUAGUUCCACUAAAAUUCAAAACCAUUUGCUGAUUAGAAAUUCAGCGGAAAAAUGUCGCGGGGAAAAUCCUCCUGCUAUGUGCCUUCUAAAUAAUAAUUUUCAAACAACAGUCUCGAUGAUGGCGCUGGCGGUUAAAGGUCACUCCGUGAACUGAACCCGUUGUGCUACCGCCGGGGGCGGGCGCGCAGUCACAUCCGCGCGCACGUGUUCAACGUGUGCUCGGUGUUCCGGAGUUUAUAAACCUGCAGCGUACAAAAUAAUUAUUUUGUAAUAAAAAAAUCAAUCUGCGGUUUCGACUCGAAGCACAAUAGCAAUGGGUAAGCCAGGAUUCUCACCAGGAGGUGGCGGUGGAUUCAGAGGGGGUCGUGGGGGAGGAGGAGGAGGUCGUGGAGGUUUUCGUGGGGGUAGAGGAGGCGGUGGAGACCGCAGUAGCGGAGGAUUUCGUGGAGGUCGUGGUGGUGGAGGUGGAGGUGGUGGAGGCAGAGGGACACCCAGAGGUCGUGGAGGAGGACGAGGGGGUGGACGUGGGGGACGUGGGGGUGGAGGUGGCUUCAGAGGUGGAAAAACAGUGGUUAUCGAGCCCCAUCGUCACGAGGGAGUCUUCAUCGCCAGAGGGAAGGAGGACGCUCUCGUCACCCGUAAUUUGGUGCCUGGAUCAGAGGUCUACGGGGAGAAGAGGAUCAGCAUCGAUGGGGAUAAUGGCGAGAAAAUUGAGUACAGAGUUUGGAAUCCAUUCAGAUCAAAACUGGCUGCUGCUAUUCUCGGGGGUAUUGACCAAAUUCACAUGCCACCUGGCAGCAAAGUGCUUUAUCUUGGAGCUGCCUCUGGAACUACAGUUUCACAUGUUGCUGAUGUUGUUGGACCGGAGGGCCUCGUGUACGCUGUGGAAUUCUCCCACAGAUCUGGAAGGGAUCUCAUAAACGUUGCGAAGAAACGAACGAAUAUUAUUCCAAUCAUCGAAGAUGCUAGACAUCCACACAAGUACAGAAUGCUUGUGGGAAUGGUUGAUACGGUAUUCGCUGAUGUUGCACAGCCAGAUCAAGCUAGGAUAGUCUCCCUCAACUCCCAAUAUUUUCUCAAAAAUGGCGGGCAUUUCGUCAUAUCCAUCAAGGCAAGCUGUAUAGACUCUACUGCCCAACCCGAGGCUGUAUUCGCUGCAGAAGUGAAAAAAUUAGUUGCUGACAAAUUAAAACCACAGGAGCAGAUAACUCUUGAGCCCUACGAGAGAGACCACGCUGUUGUCGUUGGUGCGUUCAGGCCACCGGCGAAAAUUUCAUCCUAAUUAAGUGUAUAGUUUUAUAUUCCGUUCAAAUUAAUGAAACAAUAUUUUUUUUCAUGUCCUAACGAGUGAAAAAUUAUCGCAAAUAAUGUGGAGUUUUAUACACAAUUUAUAAACUGUGGUAACGAAAUUUAUGAGACAUCCAUCGAAAGAAGAGAUUCCCUUUUCCUGAGAAAUUUUGACUCGAUAUCAGUUUCACUGUCGUGCACAUUUUCUCAUGAAUCUUCAUUGAUAAUUAUGUUUACUAUUUUAUAGAAAUCAAAAAUACUUUUCAUUAUCAGCCAUUGUGGUUUCUUCAGAUGAACUUGAACAAUUGAAAUAUUAUUUUGAGUACAAAAUGUACAUGUGAGCAAUAUAAAUUCAUAUGCAUCAGGGA